CUCGCGCAUGUAACACAAGAAAACUGAACUGCAAGUAGAAGAGAGUAUGCAGGCUUCAGUGCUUUUUUGCUCGAGUAAAUUUCAAUUUAUUAUUUUAGCUUCUUUCCUUAAAUCCAAGUGUUUACACUUCCCCGCUUUACCAUUUUUAUUGACUGUAUUUCUUCUUUUUCAAUAUAAACCCCAAGGCAGAUUCACUUGUGACGACAAGCUACAGACAAAUUCAAAACACAAAAUGUACCAGCGUGCCGCCCUUACUCGUGUCGCUGGCUCGAUCGCCCGCGCCUCACCUUUGGCUACUCUCGUCUGGGACUUUUCAGCCAAAACCUUCUUUAUGACCGAACUCGCGCGCGGUUUUUAUACCGUUCUCAUGCAGUACCUGCGCGAGCCCUACACGCUGCACUACCCGAAUGAGAAGGGCCCUCUGUCGCCUCGUUUCCGCGGCGAGCACGCCUUGCGCCGGUAUCCGUCGGCGAAGAGCCUGUGCGAGGCCAUUUGCCCCGCCCAGGCUAUUACUAUUGAGGCCGAGCCUAGAGAGGACGAUAGCCGUCGCACUGUGCGCUACGAUAUUGACAUGACAAAGUGCAUCUAUUGCGGUCUUUGCCAGGAGGCCUGCCCCGUGGAUGCGAUUGUCGAGGGUCCCAACUUUGAGUACACGACGGAGACCCGUGAGGAGUUGCUGUAUAACAAGGAGAAGUUGCUGGCGAAUGGUGAUCGCUGGGAGUCUGAACUUGCCCAGAACUUGCGGUCUGAGCAGAUGUACCGUUAGAGAAAAAUUCACAAAUGCCAACAUGCUUUAUUGGUGUUGCGGACCUCGUUAUCGAUGUACACAAUGAUUGGUCGGGUAUGGCAGCUUUUACAAGUAGCUUUUUAUUUUUCAACUUUUUAUUUUUACAAUAUUUCUUUGCUCUUCGCAUAUUCAGCAAGAUUUUUUGCGACGGCGUGUUUUGAAAAUAAAAAAAUCGGGUCAGAGA